GGUGCAAAUUAUUAAACCAAAAUGGCUGCGACCAUGACUUCAUGUGCAAAGUUAAAUGUCAAGUCAGUUUAUCAAAUUCUAAAGCAGUGUCAUAGAACAGCGUCGCAUUCUCAAGUGCAGAAACAUGCCUGUCAAUUCGACUUAGUUCUCAAUUCACAUCAUGUGUUAAGAAGUCCUCAUUUUACCUACUGCAGACGAUUUUACUGUCAAAAACAGAAUGCUGAAACGGGUGACAUUACAGCCUCCAUACUUCAAAGUCGUAUAGGAGCUGAACAAAAUCGUCAAAACACAGAUACCACAUCUAAGGAUCAAAAAAGCGAAGAGCAGCCCAAAAAGGAGAAGAAAGGGUUUACAAUGUUUGGACGUUUUAUUUCCUGGCAGAGUGCCGGAAUGGGGUCUUUCUUCAUCAUGAUGUCUGGAACACUGACACUCAUGGUAGCAUCAUGGGGACCUCCUGAGAGAGAUGACACAGGAAAACCAAUAGAGGAUGAAUAUUCAGAUUAUCCCUGGGUGAUAGCAUAUGUUAAAAGGACAUGGGGUGAAAUAUUCCAUCAAGUAAAGGUGACCCAGGAGCCGUCCCGCCAGAAGCUGCUGCCUGACCCCCUGACCUACCCCUACAUCCAGCCCCCCUACACCCUGGUGCUGGAGCUCAUAGACGUCCUGGUCCAUCCAGAGUGGAAUAUGGCCACUGGGUGGAGAUUCAAGAAGCGGCCGGGCAUUGACCACUUCCUGCGAGCCAUCGGACCGCCCAUGUUUGAGGUGGUCAUCUACACAAAGGAGUCUGGCAUGACUGCUGAUCCAAUAAUAACGAAGAUUGACCCAGAAAACUACGUAAUGUACAGGCUGUACAAGGAUGCAACACGCUAUGAAAACGGCACACAUAUCAAAGACCUGAACUACUUGAACCGUGACCUUUCCAAGGUCAUCUUCAUUGACUGGGACGAGAAAGCGUUUCAUUCCAACCCAGAGAAUGCGUUCAAGGUCAAGCAAUGGAAAGGGGAAAAUGAGGAUGUUUUACUUGGAGAGCUUGCUGAUUUCCUGAGAGCCAUGGCAGCCAGUAAGGUGGACGAUGUGAGGCCUGUUCUGCAGUACUACAACCAGUUUGAGGACCCCAUUGAUCAGUUCCACAAAAAUCAGGCCAAACUAAGGGAAGAGCAGGAGAAGAUGAAGAUGGCAGUCGUCCAGCGGGAAAAGAAGAAUCUCACUGGCUCCAUUGUAUCCAAGUACUUGAAGUAACCAAGCAGAAAAGGUCUUUGAAAGGGAAAUAAAUCAUGAAUUUUGUGUUGAAAAAACUGAAUUGACUUGAGAAAUGGCUCAAUAAUUGCUAAAGAAAUAAUUUUAGUUUUAAUUGCUUGGCAGUGUUAAUACAUUAAGACUCAAUAAAUUGGGGUGAAGUGGAGUGAAAUAACCGCACCCCAAAUUACCCUAUUGUUCAGCCAGAAAAAUAGUCCUAUAUGUUCACCAGAUGUGUGCGCUGGUUGUCUGUGUGUAUCCAGAGGAUGCAAUACAAUAGGAAACUUAUUUAUAUGAAUCGCGUUCGGAGAAAACUGUGCGUAAAGUGUCAUCCCAGCAGAUUAGCCUGUGCGGACGGAGGGACGACACUUUCCGCUUUUAUGGUAUUUUUUUCGUUUAAAUAAAGUCUCUUCUACACGAAAAUCCAGUUAAGGUGGAAAGUGUCGUCCCUGAUAAGCCUGUGCGGACAGGCUAAUCUGGGAUAGCACUUAACGCACAAGCAUUAUGCCCAGUUUUCUCAGAAGGGGACACAUAUAAUACAAUGUGAAACUUUCAUUUAGUGUAAAAAAAAAGGAAGUCUAUAAACCAUACCAUGUGCAUUUUUUUACGAGAGUUUUAAUUUUGUUAUUUACUAUUUUGUAGUAUUUUAUUAGCCUUAAAAACUACCCUAUUUUGUUCACAUGUGAUCAGCAAUAAAUUAUGUAUUUUAACACAAUGUUGAACAGAGUUUCGAUAAUAAAAGCAUGUUACUAAAUGGAAAUCAAUCAAAGGUCAACAUGUUUUGUAAACUUAAAUAUGAGAAUUACACAACUUAUGGGGCUUUACUGUGCUGCAUAAUGCUGAAAUUCAUUGUUUGUCAUAAGUUUGUGAGAUUGCUCAUUUAAGUUUGGGCAUUUUACUUGAGAAUUUCCAGAACUAGUUUCACAACAUUAGGCUCUGGCCAUGGAUUGUGGAAUUAUAACUCAUACUUGUUUUCCCUCUCUGUGUACAAAACAAUUUGCUGGUCUUUGAAGAAAGAAUGAUCCCUUUCCCCCAUAAGAAGCAAAGUGAAAAUGGCUAUGUGCAGGUUCAGGUUUUAUGCUGUUUGCUUCUCAUCAGUAUUAAAGGGUUGGAAAUGAAACCUUUAAAACUUGAAUUUAGUAAGAAAGGUCUUGAAUUAAAUGUAACUUUCUUAGGGACUACACAUGGGUAAAAAUACGUAUUUAUGUGUUGAAGGGUUAAAAGUUAUGAAUCCUGAAUCCAUCUCCUGAUUAUAUUCUUGACUGCUAUUGAUUUUUGGUUUGAAAUGAAAUGCCUGUAAUGAACUGUAUGUAAUAAAAUAUAGAAAAUUAAA